AUGCAAUUGAUCUCACAAGCACUUCGUAAUCACCUUAUCAUUCCAAGCUGGGGAGAAUUUUGCGCUCAAGUCAAGGCCAUAUUUGAAGAGUGCAAACAUGUCAAAGAUGGCAAUGUGGCCACGUAUAUUCCCCAGUUGGCUCGUCAGAACCCAGAGAUCUGGGGUGUCUCCAUUUGCAGCAUUGAUGGCCAACGGGUCUCUUUUGGCGAUUCCAAAGUUCCGUUCUGUGUGCAAAGUGUGUCGAAGGUACGUUGCUUAUUG